CUGAUUUCAAUUUGUCACCUUUUUUUUUUGUCUACAAAAACCCCCCCUCUCUCUUUUCCCAUCCCUACUUCCAACAUUCACAACACACUCAACUUCCCUCUUACCUUAUUCUUCACUAUGCCUAGACCACAACAGAGAUUCCGUGGUGUCCGACAACGCCAUUGGGGCUCUUGGGUCUCCGAAAUCCGCCACCCCUUAUUGAAAACUAGAAUUUGGCUGGGCACUUUCGAAACGGCGGAAGAUGCUGCACGAGCAUACGACGAAGCUGCACGUCUUAUGUGUGGACCGAGAGCGCGUACGAACUUCCCUUACGACGCUUCUCUCUCUCGCUCUUCGUCUUCCCGCCUUCUCUCGGCUACUUUAACAGCCAAGCUCCAUCGUUGCUACAUGGCGUCUUUGCAGCUCACCAAGCAAUCUUCCUCUGCCGCUCGUCGUCCUCAAACAGAUGUAAUCCGAACCGAUUUUUCUGUAGCGUCCGGCAUUGCGCCGGGGGAGCGAGUGGAAGUGGACGGGACGACGGCGAAGAAAGUCAAAAUGGAAAGCGUGGAUUGUGGGGAGCCGUUGAUGAUUGAAAUGUUGGAUGAUGAUCAUAUACAACAAAUGAUCGAGGAGCUGCUUGAUUACGGCGGAAUUGAGCUUCGUUAAGUAAUUUGUCUUCUUUACUUCAAACUAUAAAAUUUCAUCUCUAAUUAUAUUAUAUGUACAAAAUAUCAAUUAAUUUAGCUAAUUUUAAUUAACCAUUAAGUAGAAGAAGAAGAAAAAAAAAAACCUUUAGAUCUUUUGAGGUCAUUAUUUCCUGUUGGCCAAUCAAGAUUUGUUUCUCUCUAGUUUGGCCAAUUGAGUGGCGGCGCCCCUAAUUUAUUUUCAUGUACCAUUUCCUAAACUCUUCUAUGUCACUUUAUUAUUAAUAUGAAGUCCUUACUAGUAUUCCUUUUUUC